GUAGCGUGACCCGCAGCCUUGGCGCGGCGGGGCGGCCCCCGCGGCCCCGGGGCCAUGUACCAGGGUUUCCCCGGGGACUACGACUCGGGCUCCCGGUGCAGCUCCUCCCCCUCGGCCGAGUCCCAGUACCUCUCCUCGGUCGAUUCCUUCGGUAGCCCCGCAGCGGCAGCGGCGGCGGCGGCGGCAGCGGAGUGCGGCGCGCUGGGGGACAUGCCCGGCUCCUUCGUGCCCACGGUGACGGCCAUCACCACCAGCCAGGACCUGCAGUGGCUGGUGCAACCCACCCUCAUCUCCUCGGUGGCCCAAUCGCAGCCUCCGGGGGCCCCCAUGGCGCAUCCCCCUCCCCUCGAUCCCUAUGACCUGCCAGGACCCAGCUACUCCACACCGGGCAUGGGCGGCUUCAGCGCGGCACCGGCACCACCGGCACGGCCCAGCCGCGUGCGGCCCCGGCGCAGCCGCGAGGAGACGUUGACGCCGGAGGAGGAGGAGAAGCGCCGGGUGCGCCGGGAGAGGAACAAGCUGGCGGCGGCCAAGUGCCGGAACCGGCGCCGGGAGCUGACAGAUCGGCUGCAGGCGGAAACGGACCAACUGGAGGAGGAGAAGGCGGAGCUGGAGUCGGAGAUCGCGGAGCUGCGCAAGGAGAAGGAGCGGCUGGAGCUGGUGCUGGCCGCGCACGCUCCCGCCUGCAAGCUGCCCUUCGGGGCCGCCGAGGUGAGCGCGCCCCGCAAGGAGGAGCCGGCGCCCGGCGUCCGGGGGGGUCCCUUCCCCGCCUGCUGCUGCUUCGCGCCGCCCCCCCCGCCGCUUAACCCCAACCCCGCGUCUCCGUUUGUGUUCACCCACCCAGAGGGAGCCUCCUGCGGAGCCUCGCAUCAGCGGAGCAGCGGCAGCGACCAAUCCUCGGACUCCCUGAGCUCCCCCUCGCUCCUCGCGUUGUGA